AUGGUUUGCACUGCCAAUGAUUUACAAGGAUGGAAAGAUUUUCCAAAGGGACUUAGGGUUCUUCUCCUUGAAGGAGACAACAAUUCUGCUUCUGAAAUAAGAACAAAGCUUGAAUCUAUGGACUAUAAUGUUUCUAUCUUCUACAAUGUGAACGAAGCUUUGUCGGGGAUCUCGAGUAGUCCCAAAGGCUUCCAUGUUGCUGUAGUCGAGGUGAGUACAAGCUGUCCUGAUGGAGGUUUCAAGUUUCUCGAGAAUGCUAAGGACUUGCCAACCAUUAUGACUUCGAACAUUCAUUGCUUGAAUACAAUGAUGAAGUGCAUUGCGCUUGGUGCAGUUGAGUUCCUAACUAAACCGCUCUCUGAGGAUAAGCUGAAAAAUAUUUGGCAGCAUGUGGUUCACAAGGCCUUCAAUGCGGAUAAAAGUGCUAUGUCUGAACCGCAAAAACCUGUCAAAGAAUCCGUUGAGUCCAUGUCGAUAGAUUUAGAUAAGGUGUCUAAGUUUAGUGAUAACGAACAAGAGCAUUCUGCAGCGAGUGAUAAAUAUCCGGCUCCUUCAACACCGCAGUUAAAACAAGUUGCGAGGUUAGUGGAUGAUGGUGAUUGCCAUGAGCAGACUAAGUGCUCAAUAGAAAAAGAAAGUGGAGAACAUGAUGGUAGUGAAUGUAAAUUUGUCGAAACUUCAUGUGAGAAUUUGAAUACCGAAAAUUCUCUUCAACCAACAAAACCUCUGAUUAAGGAGGAAGAGGAUAGUUCAAAAGGUGAGAGCAGUGUCUCAACAAAUCCACAGAGUAAAAAUCUUCUCGACAACGCUGAUGGUAAUGCGUCUCCAAAUGAAAGAAGUGGUCCUAAGGAUUCAUGUGAGAAUAGAGCUAAUCGGAAGAAGAUGAAAGUAGACUGGACAUCCGACCUGCACAAAAAAUUUGUGAAGGCAGUUGAACAACUAGGCAUUGAUCAAGCCAUUCCUUCUCGUAUAUUGGAGUUAAUGAAAGUCGACGGUUUGACAAGGCAUAACGUUGCAAGCCAUCUUCAGAAAUAUAGAAUGCACAAGAGACAGAUGUUGCACGCAGACGAAGAUCGAAAAUGGCCAAAUCAAAGAGAUCCAAUGCAAAGGAACUAUUGUAUGCAAAGACCAAUCAUGGCCUAUCCGCCAUAUCAUUCUAAUCACACCUAUCCUCCAGCUCCUAUAUAUCCUAUGUGGGGACAACCAGGAAGUCAAAUAGCCGGUGUACCGAUUUGGGCUCCUCCUCCUCCUGGUUAUCCUCUAUGGCAACAACCUACAGAAAAUUGGCAUUGGAAGCCUUAUCCGCCCGGGGUGCAUGUGGAUGCAUGGGGUAACCCAAUGUUGCCACCUCCUCAAACUCCUUGUUUUCCCUACACUCAAAAUAUAAUCGGAUUGCAAAAUGCAAAAGCAACAGAUUAUAGAUUUGGCAUGCCACAUAAUUCCUUCGAGCAUUAUCCGGCAGAGGAAGUGGUGGACAAGGUUGUGAAAGAGGCAAUAAACAAGCCAUGGCUACCAUUACCAAUAGGACUCAAACCUCCAUCAAUGGAUAGUGUUAUGGCUGAACUCACCAAAGAAGGUAUCCCUUUUAGCAAGGGAAAGGGCUCUAAAUCUAAACCAUGCUGA